GAGAGAGAAGGAAAGGAGUGGACCGAGGAUUUGGGCGAGAAAUGAGAAGGGGAGAGAGGUAAAGCAUUCAAAUAGCUUGCCUUAGAUUUGAUUGGAGUUCGAAUUUUGAAACGUGAAUUUUUUUUUCCUUGAGUAUAGUUGAUCCGACAAAAUUCUUAACAAAUGGGGUUGAGAAAAAUCCGAUGCCCACAGAUACUCUCCCCCAUUUUCUCUACCUUAAUUGCUCCUCUCUCCCUCUAUAUGUAAUUGUAUAUAUAGUUGUGCGAGGAUAUAUACAGCAAAUGCGGUUGUUCUUCUUUCUCUAUAAAUAGGCUUAUUUUUUCUCUUAGAUUUUCAUUCAGAUCUUUCUUGAACCCAGAUUGUGUUUUGAGGAUUUUUGGGUAUCUUAUAAAUAUGGUGUGGAUUUGUUGGAUGGCUUGCUAUAUAUAAUAGGGUAUUUGCGCUCUCUUUAAAAUCCAAGAUUUCUUGUUAAUUUUGAUGCCUGACAGGGAUAAUGUCACGGGAAGAACAUAUGCUAAGGUGUAGUUUUAGUACUGGCAGAGGCGAUUGUGGUGACCUUGGGGAUGGAGGUGCUGGUGUUGGUGGAGGGUUGGAUGAUGGUGGUGGUGGGAGUAGAUCAAAGAAGAUUAAGCAAAAAAAAGUCCCACAGAGAGGAUUAGGGGUUGCCCAGCUUGAGAAAAUUAGGUUGGAGGAACAACAGAAAAAGGAGACAGCUUUAAAAGCAGCCAAUGUUUUGGCAAAUAAUGCAAUUGGUUCACAUAGUGAUUCUACUGCAUGUUUAACUAUUCCAUGUCCCAGUUUUAAGCCAAAUCUUUGCCCUUCUUCAAAUUCAAUCUCCUUGUCACCAUCAUCACCAAACGAUCUUCCCUCACUGAAUUUCUUGUAUAGGCCUUUACAAUGGAGCAAAAAUGUCAAAGUUGUACACCAGAAUUCAGUUCAAUUGUCCAUACCUUUGAAUAUAGGUGGAAAUGAAAUAGGUUUGCCCGCCAUUUCAUGUCCUGGGCAGGGCAAUAGGCCUAGAUUGUGGAAUGGUGAACAGCAUCUUGAAGGGGAAAGGCAAAUGUUAGAUCAUCGUAUUUGCAUAUUGGCCUCGUGUAAACUUCCCAUAUGAAUCAAAUGCUCUGGUUUUGCCUCUUCAACAAAGAUCACAUCAAUAUGAUCACCCUCCUUCGUUGACAAUGGUGAAUGUUUCUUCAGGAACUUCAUCAUCAUCUGUACUGAAGUUUCAGAUGGAGCCCCCUUCAAACCAAAGUUUUUGUGAUAUCAACUGGGUGUUGGAAUUAAUUGAAUUUGAAUUGGGAUUAAAAUAACUAAAUGUAAUAUUUAAUGAUGUGGGUUAUUGCAAUUAAUUGGAGUGAAUUGGAAAAGUCUCCAAUAUAGGCACAUAUGUUGAUAAGCCCAUUUUAAGUGUU